CUAUUGGCUUCCUCUCUUCGCGCACACCCGAGCUCCUUCUCGAGCGCGCGCCGCGCGCUCGCGCUUCUCCCAGUCCUUAGCCGCGCGCACACACGCGCCUGCCACAACGAGUUGCACGCACCUGACGGAGGGCGGAGGAGCCCCAACACGCGCGCCCGCGCCUUCUCUCUGCUCUCCAUGCCAGCCCCGCCGCCAACAUGGUGCAGAAAUCCCGCAACGGCGGGGUUUACCCAGGCCCGCAGACCGAGAAGAAGCUCAAGGUGGGCUUUGUGGGGCUCGAGGCGGCCGCGGCGGAUUCGAGUCGUGAUGGCGCGCUACUCAUCGCGUCCAGCGACGCGACCAAGCGCGGCAGCAUCCUGAGCAAGCAACGCUCCGGCAUCGCGGGUAAAAAGCCGCCGAAGCGCAACGCCUUCUACCGGCGCCUGCAGAAUUUCCUCUACAAUGUUCUGGAGAGACCACGAGGCUGGGCGUUCAUCUAUCACGCUUAUGUUUUCCUGCUGGUGUUCUCCUGUUUGGUCCUCUCUGUGUUCUCAACCAUCAAAGAGUAUGAAAAGAGCUCUGAGGAUGCCUUGUACAUUCUGGAAAUUGUGACGAUCGUGGUGUUUGGAGUUGAAUACAUCGUAAGAAUUUGGUCAGCGGGAUGUUGUUGUCGAUAUCGAGGAUGGAGAGGCCGGCUAAAAUUUGCCCGAAAGCCUUUUUGUGUCAUAGAUAUCAUGGUGCUAAUAGCCUCCAUCUCAGUGUUGGCAGCUGGCACACAAGGCAAUGUGUUUGCCACCUCAGCAAUCAGAAGUCUUCGCUUCCUCCAGAUCCUCCGCAUGAUCCGCAUGGACCGCCGUGGAGGAACCUGGAAGCUGCUGGGGUCUGUUGUCUAUGCUCACAGCAAGGAGUUGAUCACAGCUUGGUACAUUGGCUUCCUGUGUCUGAUCCUGGCCUCUUUCCUUGUGUAUCUGGCUGAAAAGGAGGACAACGAGAUGUUUGCUACUUAUGCCGAUGCCCUGUGGUGGGGUCUGAUCACACUAACCACAAUAGGUUAUGGAGAUAAGUAUCCAAUAACGUGGAAUGGACGUCUUCUUGCAGCAACAUUCACCCUCAUCGGAGUGUCCUUCUUUGCCUUGCCUGCAGGAAUCUUGGGCUCUGGCUUUGCCUUGAAGGUCCAGGAGCAGCAUCGGCAGAAGCAUUUUGAGAAACGACGGAAUCCAGCUGCGGGGCUCAUUCAGGCAGCUUGGAGAGUGUAUGCUACCAAUCUCUCUCGCACAGACCUUCAGUCAACGUGGGACUACUAUGAGAGAACAGUGUCAGUUCCUAUGUACAGACUCAUCCCCCCCCUUAACCAGCUUGAUCUUCUCAGAAAUCUGAAGAGCAAAUCUGGCCUUUCUUUUAGGAAAGAAGCCCAACCAGAACCAUCUCCAAGUCAGAAGGUCAGUUUAAAAGAAAGAGUGUUCUCCAGCCCGAGAAGCUCGGGAACAAAGGGGAAAAGUUCACCGCAAGGCCAGCAGCCUCUGAGACGCUCUCCAAGUGCUGAUAACAUUGAAGACAGUCCUUCUAAGGUGCCCAAGAGCCUGAGCUUUGGUGACCGUAGUCGUGCUAGACAAGCAUUUCGCUUCAAAGGGGCAGCAUCACGCCAAAACUCGGAAGUGCUGAUUGAGAUGCAGGCAGAAGAUUUGAGGCAGAAGAGCUCUCCAGAAGCCAGCCUUCCUGGAGAAGACAUUGUUGAUGACAAUAAGAGCUGCCAUUGUGAGUUUGUGCCACAAGAUUUAACACCAGGAAUUAAAGUUACCAUCAGGGCAGUCUGCAUUAUGCGGUUUAUGGUGUCAAAGCGAAAGUUUAAGGAGAGUCUUCGGCCUUAUGAUGUAAUGGAUGUUAUCGAGCAAUAUUCAGCUGGACACCUAGACAUGUUGGCCAGGAUUAAAAACCUGCAGUCGAGGAUAGAUAUGAUAUUGGGUCCUCCGGGUCCCACCACUCCCCGCCAUAAGAAGUAUUCAACCAAGGGAACCAAAGAGUCGCCCCAGUUCUCUCCUAGGGUGGACCAGAUUGUUGGCAGAGGUGCCCCAAUCACAGACAAGGAUCGUCCUAAAAGCUCAACAGAAGCAGAAAUCACAGAGGACCCAAGCAUGAUGGGAAGGCUUUUGAAAGUAGAGAAACAGGUGAUGUCAAUGGAAAGGAAACUUGAUUUCUUAGUCAAUGUCUAUAUCCAGAGAAUGGGAAUCCCACAGUCUGAGACAGAUGCCUAUUUUGGUUCUAAGGAGCCUGACCCAGCUCCACCGUACCACAGCCCAAUCGAGCAUAUGGAGAAAUCUGGCUCUAUUACCAAGAUCAUUCGUUCCAACAGCUCAACUGGCCAGAAGAAUCUUGAUGCUCCUCCUUCUGUGUGUGUCAACCAGAACAACUGCCCUCCAUCCACCUCUUGGCAACCCCAUGCCCUUCCUGGACCCCCUCAGUGCUGCAGAGGCACCUCCCCAGUAGGUGACACCUCUUUGGUGCGAAUCCCACCACCACCAACACAUGAGCGCUCCUCCAGUGGCCAUAAUGGCUCCAAUCGAGGCUCUCGUUGCAGUACGGUGGAGGAGGUUAAGCCCGGAGCUCUGUCUCAGCAGCAGGCAGGUGCCGACAGUGACACCUCUAUCUCCAUUCCCUCUGUAGAUCACGAAGAGCUUGAUCGUUCCUUCAGUGGCUUCAGUAUCUCUCAGUCUAAAGAGAACCUAGACUUCCUUAACAACACAUACUUCAGCGGUGUGACACGCUGCUCUAAAGUGAGGCCCUACAUCGCAGAGGGUGAGUCCGAUACAGACUCUGAGCUUUGUGCCCCCUCACCUCAUUCUGCCACUGGGGAAGGAGCAUACAGUGACCGGGGCUGGUCUGGAACCAAGUAAAUCUGAAAGUGAGCUUUCAAAGACGGAUUUUCUGCUCGGGGUUGUAACCUCCUAAACCAAACGCAGGCCACAUGUGGCAAGAAGCUGUAUUUGUUAAAACCAAUGCGACUUUAUACAGAUACAGCUCUGAAUUUCAUGCCAGAAUCCUGGUAGUAAUGCCAACCACCGAAAUGUGGAGCUUUCUGGUACUUAAGCAUUUCCUAGACAGGUUCUACUUGUGGCUGUCACCUUUAAAGGUGUUAUUCAUCUUUUGAGAGACAAGCAUCUGCUGCUCAGUCAUUGUGCAUCUUUUCUUUAAAAAAUCUAAUUAAGAGAAAAGAUAAGUCAAGCAGGGGAAAAAUGCCAUAGUUUUUCUCCACAAUGAGUCCCGUAGAUCUUCACCCUCAUUUGUCCAGCCAUUCAAGUCAUGUAUGUCUAGUCACACUGUCCUAUAACUCUGACAGAUGGUUUCCUGUCAUCUCUAUUGGCCACAGAUGCACUUGAAAAUAUUUAAAACGUCCAAUAUUCAAUAUCUUCCAUUAAAGCAAAAUAAUUUUUUAGGAAAAUUCUACUCCUAUAGAAACAAGAAACAAUUUACUAAUAUAUAUUAAAGGUACAAUAUUUCAAUGUAUCAGGUUUCAACCUUUUUAGGUAAUCACUGGUUUUAAUAAUUUGCAUGAAUUUAGAAUAUUUAUACAAUUUAUUUUAUACAAAACUAUGGCUUAGACAAGAGGGUAAAACAAGCUUACUAUUUUAUGCAGAAUCUUUGUUCUUUUUUGUAAAGAGAACCUCUGGAGCUAUCUAUAAAUAUAUAUUAACUAUUACCAUAAAUAGUGACACAUUUAGCAAAUCAAAAUUGUGCGUAAUUUUCAACCAAAAAUGUUGGCUGGAAUAAAAAAACUAAAUACUUGAUCUAUAAUUAAAAAUAUUUGGAAACAAACUUUUAACAACCUGAACCUUUGUUCAUGGAUAGUCAAAUUCAUGCUGUCUUUGCUUUUCCCUAGACCAUAAGCACUUUCCAAUAUAAUGUUGAAUCACAGCUUUCGUCCGCAAGAACAUGUAAUCAUUAAUUGGUCAUCAGUUUGGUGGCAUGUUCAAUUUAAUCUCAACUCUAAGAAGGAGUCAUCUGAACACAGAUGUACUUUCUACACCAGUGCACUAGCCCCAUUAACAGUGCAUUCCCUCCAUGUAUUUUUUUGCUUCAUUUUUUUCCUGUUAUAUGCAACCACCACAAAAUUGUUUCUGGGUUACCCAGAACAUACUUUUGUCCAUCAGCAUUCGCAGUGGUAGGUGUAGGUGAUAAGGCAAACAUAUAAUAUCACUUACUAUAAUAAUAUUAAGCUCCUUUUGACAAAAUGGCACCAGUGGUUGUUGUUUACAAACUAUAAAAUAUUGAAUAUUAUUUAUUUAGUAAUAUUUAAUAUUACUUUUUAAUGAAUCUUUUCAGCGCUUUCAUAGUCACUCUAUAUCACACUCUUUCCCUCUAAUCACAGUUGAAUGUGUACAUCAUAUUAUAACGGAGUAACUGGAAUUCUCUGGGGGCAAUAGGAAAAUAGCUAUUUCUGAAAAUCUUCUAUAUAUAAGCUAUAUAUAAAUACGAACUUACACUGAACACCUUUUUAUAGGGCACACACGUUGACUUACUUCAAGCUUGUGGAAAAUGCACACCUUGUGUAUAAAUUGGUUAUAAAUUUGUCCGUGUCCUAUCUACAUCACCUACUUACUUUUUAUCCUUCGUUUCAGCCCUGAAGUGCACAUUCAGCAAAGUGCAUCUUCAAAAAGAACAGCUUAGUUUACAUCCUUGUUGUCUUCCACAUAGCCUGUCUUACUUUAUCCAGAACGGACAUCUGCUAGAAACACUGUCACUGAACCACCAUCUCUAUAGCUACAGUGUGUGUUAUAGGGAGAAAGAGUGUAAACAUGGUGAAGAUUCAAAUUUCUGAAGAGGUGGGUAUGGUAAUAAAAACCAUACACACAUUAGAAUGUGAUAAAGCAUGCUAAAAUAUUUUGACCAUUUGAGGUUCAACCUUUCUGAAGCCUAAUAUAAUGUGGGUUAGGAAUUAAUAUGCAGGCCUUAACAUAAUGUAUAUGAAAUGCUACAUAGACAUCUCUUUCAUGUCCAUUUAGAAGGUGUGCAAGAAAUGUUAUUCAUUCAUUAUGAAAGCUCAUUUUGAGACAGACAGAAGUUGAAAAAAGGUGUCCUGGCAUAUUAUACACCAGAAAUGUCUGUCAUGGUCAAAGAUUUGUGUUUUAUUUCAUAUCUUGUCAUCACAGCUGCCUUGCUUGAUUUGAAAAAAAGAAAAAAAAGAAUUUGAUUUUUUUCCAAAGAAUAUUAUGUAUUUUGCUAAAUUGCCUUUGGUGUUUUGUCCAUGUUUUCUGUAAUGUAAAAGUCUCCUCUGUUGCUGCAACUCUGUUUUAAACACUCAUUGUGCUUGUGAAUGUAUUAUUGAAUGCUAUUUCACUUGCACACACACACACACACACACACACACACACACACACUCACACACACAUUCACUGGCAGAUGUGACAACCAUGAUUCAUAAUGUAAAUGGAUUGCAGUGGACUGUAUAAGUUGAUAUUUUUGGCUCACAAUGAUUUGUAAGGCAAUGAAUUUGCUGUAGAUUAGGGCAAAUCAUACUUUACUAUUUGCAUCAUUCGAGAGGUAAGACAUUUUGGCCAAGUGACUGGAAUUAAAUUUAUAUUAUCUGAGAUUCGAAACAAAGCUCAGAUGUGGAAGAAUAUCAUGUGAUUAUCAACUCCCAUAUAGAGUCACUGUAGCUCAGAAUAUAGCUGUCUAUCUCUGCUAAAAAAUUAAAUAAAUAAAUAAAAAUGAACAAAAUGAACACAGGACACUCAUGUACAGAGAAGACAGAUACAGAGAAUGAGCAAUACAUAAUGCAUGUCAUGAACCUGCAAGCCUUAUGUUUUUUUGUAACUCAUGUUUCAAAUGGCAAUGACAUGGUUUAUGUUUACAUUUUUAAAAACACAUUUUCAAUAGCUAAGCUUUUAGUGGAAGAAAAUCUGUCUUUUGCAAAAUCUGUAACUUCAAUGCAACACAGUGGCGUUUUUGCAUUGUGUUAACGGUCUCCUGUCAUACACAUAAUUGUUUUACACAAAAGGCACUUUUUUGUUUCCUUAAAGGAAUAAAUUGCUUGCCAGCAUGUUUUAAACCACUGAAUGCCAUAAAUAUAGCUUUUGAUUGUCAUGUAGCAAAUCUCUUGUGUAGUCAUUUAAGUCCAUGGGAGCUGUAUAAUAAACUUUG